GGAAGUACCCGUCUGAGGCGAUGGCCGCCCCCUGAGCUGCAUCCGGAGCCGAAGCCGGACCGGAGUGGGAGCGCCGCGGGGUCCGAGCCAGAGCCUCCUGUCCGGCCUGUCCGGCCGCGUCCUGCUCCGGGAGGAUGAAGACGGUGCUGAUGGUGGCCGAGAAGCCGUCCCUGGCUCAGUCCAUCGCCAAGAUCCUGUCCCGAGGGAACAUGUCCUCGCGCAAGGGCCUGAAUGGAGCCUGCUCGGUCCACGAGUACACGGGAUCCUUUAGCGGGCAGCCUGUCCGCUUCAAGAUGACAUCCGUCUGCGGCCACGUCAUGACCUUGGAUUUCACUGGGAAGUAUAACCACUGGGACAGAGUGGACCCGGCGGAGCUCUUUAGCAAAGCCCCCACUGAGAAGAAGGAGGCCAAUCCAAAGCUGAACAUGGUCAAGUUCCUCCAGGUGGAAGGGAGAGGCUGCGACUACAUUGUGCUCUGGCUGGACUGUGAUAAAGAAGGGGAGAAUAUCUGCUUUGAGGUCCUUGACGCCGUCCUGCCGGUCAUGAACAAGCCUCGGGGCACUGAGAAGACGGUGUUCAGAGCACGCUUCAGCUCCAUCACGGACACAGACAUCUGCAAUGCCAUGGGCCGCCUGGGCGAACCUGACCACAACGAGGCCUUGUCCGUGGAUGCUCGGCAGGAGCUCGACCUCCGGAUCGGCUGCGCUUUCACCAGGUUUCAGACCAAAUAUUUCCAGGGGAAGUAUGGCAAUUUGGACAGCUCGCUCAUCUCAUUUGGGCCGUGUCAGACGCCCACCCUGGGCUUCUGUGUGGAGAGACACGACAAGAUUCAGUCGUUCAAGCCAGAGCUGUACUGGGUGCUCCAGGCCAAGAUUAGCCCUGACAAGGACAGUUCGGUCCUUUUGGACUGGGACCGCGUGAGAGUGUUUGACCGGGAGAUUGCGCAGAUGUUCCUGAACGUCACCAGGAUGGAGAAGGAAGCCAAGGUAGAAGGGACGAGCCGGAAGGAGAAGGCCAAGCAGAGGCCCCUGGCCCUGAACACGGUGGAGAUGCUGCGAGUGGCCAGCUCUUCUCUGGGAAUGGGGCCCCAGCAUGCAAUGCAGAUAGCAGAGAGACUUUAUACCCAGGGCUACAUCAGUUACCCUCGGACGGAGACUACCCACUACCCAGAAAACUUUGAUCUGAAGGGGUCUCUGAAGCAACAGGCCAACCACCCUUACUGGGCCCAGACGGUGAAGCAUCUGUUGGCAGACGGCAUCAACCGACCACGGAAGGGCCAUGACGCAGGGGACCACCCCCCAAUCACUCCCAUGAGGUCUGCCACAGAGGCAGAGUUAGGGGGUGAUUCCUGGAGACUCUAUGAAUAUAUCACCAGACACUUCAUCGCCACCGUCAGCUAUGAUUGCAAAUACCUCCAGAACACCAUCUCUUUCCAGAUUGGGCCGGAGCGUUUUACCUGCUCAGGGAAGACGCUCAUAUCCCAAGGCUUCACCGAGAUCAUGCCUUGGCAGAGCAUUCCCCCCGAGGAGAGCCUGCCCAGCUGCCAGAAGGGGGACGCCUUUGUCCUCGGUGAGGUGAAGAUGCUGGAGAAGCAGACGAGUCCUCCCGAUUACCUGACUGAGGCCGAGCUCAUCACGCUGAUGGAGAAGCAUGGGAUCGGCACGGACGCCAGUAUCCCUGUGCACAUCAACAACAUCUGCCAGCGGAAUUACGUUACCGUGGAGAACGGGCGCCGCCUGAGACCCACCAACCUGGGCAUCGUCUUGGUGCAUGGCUACUACAAAAUAGAUGCCGAGCUGGUGCUCCCGACCAUCCGAAGCGCCGUGGAGAAGCAGCUCAGCCUGAUCGCCUUGGGCAAGGCGGACUACCAGCAGGUGCUGGAGCAUACCCUGAACAUCUUCAAGAGGAAGUUCCACUACUUUGUGGACUCCAUUGCAGGCAUGGAUGAAUUGAUGGAAGUGUCUUUCUCGCCACUCGCCGCCACCGGCAAACCUCUGUCCCGAUGUGGGAAGUGCCAUCGUUUCAUGAAGUAUAUCCAGGCCAAGCCCAGCCGGCUGCACUGUUCUCACUGCGACGAGACCUACACCCUUCCCCAGAACGGCACCAUCAAACUCUACAAGGAGCUUCGGUGCCCGCUGGAUGACUUUGAGCUUGUCCUUUGGUCCUCGGGGUCCCGGGGCAAGAGCUACCCUCUGUGCCCGUACUGCUACAACCACCCGCCCUUCAGGGACAUGAAGAAAGGCAUGGGCUGCAACGAGUGCACGCACCCCUCCUGCCAGCACUCGCUCAGCAUGCUGGGCAUCGGCCAGUGCGUGGAGUGUGAGAGCGGCGUGCUGGUGCUGGACCCCACUUCGGGCCCCAAGUGGAAGAUGGCCUGCAACAAGUGCAGCGUGGUGGUCCACUUCUUUGAGAACGCCCACCGAGUGCGCGUCUCGGCGGACACCUGCGAGGCCUGUGAGGCCGCCCUGGUGGACGUCGACUUCAACAAGGCCAAGUCGCCGCUGCCGGGUGAUGAGACCCAGCACACGGGCUGUGUCUUCUGCGACCCGGUCUUCCAGGAGCUGGUGGAGCUGAAGCACGCGGCCCCGUGCCACCCCAUGCACCGCAGCGGGCCGGGGAAGAGGCAGGGCCGAGGGCGGGCCAGGGGCCGGCGCCCCACAGGGAGACUCAACCCCCGGCGGCCCAAGGACAAGAUGGCAGCCCUAGCCGCCUACUUUGUAUGAGGCCACGGAUGCCUCGUAAAGCCUGGGGAGCCCCGCGGCCAUUAAAGCUUUGUUUCAGCGUC